AUGCCAGAAAAAGACCCUUGCCAAAAGCAGGCUUGUGCCAUCCAAACGUGUUUGCAAGCUAACAGGUACGUGGAGAGUAUGUGCGAAGAUGUGAUCGAAGACAUGCGGCGGUGUUGCCGGACGCAUGGCACAAACUCCAUCUGCUGUUCUGGGUUUAAAGACCCCAAAGUCACGAAGCAGAAGCCCAAAACGUAA